AUGGACAUCUACCGUCAUGGCCUGGGCAACAUGAUGCCACGAAACCCGCCCUAUCAUCACCACCCGCCUCCCAACGCUCCUCCCCAACUCUACCCGGGCCCUUCCCGCGCUCCUCCCACCAGUCGCGAAGAUCCAGAGAGUGACGGCCCCUCCAAUCGCAUUGCCCACACUCUGACGGCUUGCUGCCGCUGCCGCCAGCGUAAAACAAGAUGCGACCCUACUCUACCUCGUUGCCUGCCGUGCGAACGCGCCGGCUCAGUUUGCGAAUACUACGAUACUACCAAGGGAAAGAAGAUCAACCGUAAUUAUGUCAUUAAGCUGCAAGAAAAGGUGCGCGCCCUCGAGGCCGAGCUACGCCAGUACACCGACGACGACAGCGAGUUCUCCCAUCUCGACGAGGAUAUCGUGCGGCCCGGCGGCCUGGUUCGCCUGAAUGAUACCGACGAGACGCCCCGCUACCUGGGUCCGAGUAGCGGCAUCGCAAUGACACGCUUGCUGGUCCAGGGCGCAAAGCUCUUCACCGACUCGAAGCGAAUCUCAGAGUUGAUUCCCGAAGUUCGAGCGCGGAGGAUGACGCGCAUGCAGUCUAUUGUCAUGACGAGGGAUCGAAAGAAGAGUUAUCCCAUGAUCAGCGCUUACCCUGCGCAGAGCCUGCCGACUAGACCCAUCGCCAAUAAGCUCGUAUUCUGGCCAACAUUGCACGAGAAAAUGUUUUUGGGCGAUUUAGAGGCAGUGUAUGCUGGUGACCAAGACCCCUACAAGAACCUCAUCGUCCGCAUGGUGUUUGCAAUCUCGCUCCAGAAGAUGGAUCCUCAGUAUGCCGGUCUGGCCGACAGCUACUAUUUGGCUGCCAUGGAACACUUUGAGCAAGUGGCCCGGCCAAAGGACCUCAAGUCUCUACAGAGUCUGGCGCUCAUCGGUCAAUACUCCCUCCUGACUCCCACGAGAACCGCUGUAUACUACAUGGUUGGUAUGGCUACGCGCGUUUGUCAAGCAGAAGGCUUGACUGAUGAGAAGACCAUUGGCGCCGGGAACCUCCUGGAUCCCUUGACCCUGGAUAUGCGCCGCCGCCUUGCCUACAUCAUCACCUCCAUGGAAGCUGGCCUGGCACAUAGCAUGGGCCGACCAAAUGGAUUUUCCAAGGCUGACGACCGAAUGGAUGUGGAGCCAUUUGCGACUGUGGACGACGAGUACAUCACGGCCGACGGCAUCGGCCAGGGGCCUCCAAGCGAGAACAAGCUGGUGGCUUUGCAUUUCUUCAAGAUGCGCAUGGAGCAGGCUGAGAUCAGGAGAGUACUCUACGAGAAGAAGCGCGAAGAGCCCAGGGAUGAGAGCCACCCCUGGUUCGCAAAGAUGGAGAGAGACAUCCAGAACUGGAUUGAUUCUUCGCCUCAGAAUCCGGCUUGGUGUAGGCCAUGGUUCACUGGACGUUACCACCAGAUGCGCAUCUUCCUUUACCGGCCAUCCCCGCAAGUACCGAAACCCUCACCACGAGCUGCGAGCAUCUGCUUCGAAGGGGCGUCAUAUAUUAUCAACUUGUCGAAGCAGCAGAUGGAAAAAGCAGCAGUCGAUAUCACUUGGGUGUUCCUCCUCAAUCUCUACAUGUCUCUCAACACACUGCUCUGGACGGUCUCGUAUCCCGAGAUCCGGCAGGCCCACCCCCGCGAUGAGGUGGAAGAGCUGAGUGAUCAGACGUUGGAUAUUCUGGAGCGAUGCACUGAGCGCUGGCCGGGGACUGCUCAGGCUGUGCAGCUCUACUCCAUCUUUGCCAAGGCAUGCCUCCAGAGCUACGAGGCCAGAGAUACCCCGAUCCUACAAGCGUCAAGUACUUUCACGACGCCUCCUUCGCUCUUUGACGGUAACUCUCCUCAGGGCUCAGAGGUCUCAGCAUCAACAGCGCCAGGUGGUGGACCGACGUUCAAGGUUAACCCACCGCAUAACCCGCCACAGUUUGGCUUCGUUUUCGACGCUACCCCUGAGUCGAUGAACACGUACCAAUGGGAUCCCAACUUCCCUCCUCACCCAACGUUCCGUUCCAACUCGAUCUGGGGCAACUCAUCUGGUGAUGCUAACCCGAACAUGAAUCCGGGCGGUCGCCGCUUCUCCGCCUAUCCUCCCGAGUCACCACUGGAAGACUCUACACCGCCGGCGACGACCACGCCUGGUUACAAUUCAUCCUCAUCGCCUCCUAGCACCAUCAACAAUGCUAUGCCCACACCGCCAGAUUCGUUCAACAGCGGCCCCGUAGGUACACCUUCAAGCUCGACCAUCUCACCACCCCCGAUGGGAACUCCGGCCAUGUCGCAGUCUUCGCCACUUGUUCUGCAGCACGGAACACCAACAAUGGUUCAGCACAGCACCAACAUGUCACCGCCUCCGCCGCCUGUUCCUGGAAGUAGAGGACCUGGUGGCUUUGGUGCACCGCCGACAUCGAAUCCCGGCGCGCCACAACGCCCGCUGCCGAAUUACAACCCAACAACGGACUGGUUUAACCCGCCACCUCCGUUCAUCAACCCCGACGCCUUCAGCUCGAUGAGCAACAGUUUCUUUGGCGACUCGUUGCAGGUCAAUGGCUUCAACUCACAAAACCCCGGUUUGGGGCUUGAUCAAUUCGGCGGUCCGUUCAAUUGGUCACAAGAGAGACAAGGCAGUCUGAGCCAGCAACAGCAGGUGGAGCUUUUGAAUGUCCUGGAAAAUGAGGGCAUGAGCGAUAUCGAUGCUAUUCUCAACAUGGGCAUGAACAACCCGAGCCCUGCCGCGAGCGUCUGGCCACAAGCAUGA